AGUCGGUGCAGGAUGGUGUGACUUCAGUAAAGACUUUGAACCAAACAUUUAUCCAACUUUUAAAUUGCAAACCUCUUGUCUUGUCUGGUGUGUGUGUGUGGACGCAAAACCACUUUUACCUGUUGAUUCCCCCCCCCCCAUUAUUUAUUUUUGUAUGCGAGUGUCUGUGACAGUGAGUUUGACACAGGCAUGGCUGAGGUACCGCAGCCGGUCGAAAUAGACCCGGAAUUCGAACCUCUCUCCCGGCCGCGGUCCUGCACCUGGCCGCUGCCCCGCCCGGAGCUCAGCGAUCCGGCCGGCUCCAACACCUCCUCCCCGGCCCCCUCAGUGCAGCAGGAGCCCGGAGGAAACACCGACUUCAUCAGCAGCCUCGGCUUGUUAGAGGAGGACUAUGAAGAGUAUGCGGAGCAGAGGGACUUUCAGUGUCGAGAGGGGAAUUGUGUCCCUCCACAGCAGCAGCACCACCUCCAUCCCCUCCAGCAGCAGCCGCUCCCCGCUCAGCAGGUCCCCUCUCCGGGCGUCGCUCCUCCGGGAAGCAGCACCUCCGGACCGAGGAAAGGCAGCUCGUCCCGCCGCAACGCCUGGGGGAACAUGUCGUACGCCGACCUGAUCACCAAGGCCAUAGACAGCUCACCUGAGAAGAGGCUGACUCUGUCUCAGAUUUACGACUGGAUGGUGAAGAACGUGCCUUACUUCAAGGAUAAGGGAGACAGCAACAGCUCCGCGGGCUGGAAGAACUCCAUCAGACACAACCUGUCGCUGCACAGCCGCUUUGUGCGCAUACAGAACGAGGGGACGGGCAAAAGCUCCUGGUGGAUGUUGAACCCCGAUGGGGGUAAGAGCGGGAAGUCGCCGCGCCGCAGAGCCGCCUCCAUGGACAACAACAGUAAGUUUGCCAAGAGCCGAGGAAGGGCCACAAAGAAAAAGAUGGCUCUACAGGAGGGGGUUGAGGGGGGGGACGGCAGCCCUGGUUCCCAGUACUCCAACUGGCUGGGGAGCCCAAACUCUCACAGCAACGAGGACUUUGAAGCCUGGAGCUCCUUCAGGACGCGCACCAGCUCUGACGCCAGCACCCUGAGCGGCUGCCACUCGCCUUUCCCUCCUGACCCGGACGACCUGGGGGAGUCUGAGGGCCACAUGAUGUACCCCGGAGCGUCGGGAACCAAGAUCACCUCCUCUCUGCCCAGCCUGUCCGAGGUGGCCGGGUCCAUACACGGCUCAGAGAUGGUCAUGGAGGGUCUGCUGGAUAACCUGAACCUGCUGCCCCCUAAAACCCCACAGCUGGUGUCUGACUCCACACAUUCAUCAAAUGCUGCCAUGCUUCAGAGCGGCCCCUACAGCUCCCCCGGCUUGACCCCGCUCCCACAGAAAGACUACCGUAAAUGCAUGUACAGCCAGGUCAGGAUGAGCAACCUGCCCCCCGCCCCCAUGCAGGUGCUCCCACAGACCAAGCCGGGCUUUGGGGCUUAUGAGAACCAGUACAUCUGCCCUGCUGGCCUCCUCAAAGAGCUGCUGACCUCAGAAGCAGAAGCCAAUAGGGAGGUGGGGAGGGGAGGUUGCCAACUGCCCCCUUACAGCCGCCAGAGCCACAUGGGAGGUCACAACGGGGCGAAAAUGAUGAAUCCUCCUCAGAGUCACCCUCAUGUAAAUCCACAAGCUAUACAUAGACAGGGUCCUCCGAGCUCACACGAUUUGAAUAGCUGUAACAUGAUCCCCCUGACUAGUCUGACUAGUCCUUCAGGGGCCCCUCAUCGAAUGACCAGCCUGAGGACAUUCAUGCAGCUGCCUCACACACACCCCACACACACUUACUCCGUUUCCACGGGCUACGGCAGCACCAGCGGCUACAGGGCGCUCGGCUCGGUUCACCCUCACCUUCAUCACCAGGAGCGGCUGCCCAGCGACCUGGACAACGUGUCCAUCGAGAGGCUUGAAUGUGACAUGGAGACGGUGCUCCAUGACACCCUGAUGGAUGGCGGAGCCCUCGACUUUAACUUUGACCCCUCAGCUGGGUUCCCCCAAAGGGUGAAGACCACCACACACAGCUGGGUGUCAGGGUAGCAGCCAUGGUGGGGGACAAAAAGGUUUUCUCAGUUGCUGUUCACCUUCAUUCAGAGGCUGGACACUGUAAAUGGACCACCCGCCAUCCUUUUCCAUCCUAACAAAAAGUUAUUUUAAAAUCUGCCAGCAUUAGCAAACUAGCCUUUCAUAACUGGAAACACAUAUUUGUUUAUUUCUGCUGGUUUAUUUUUUAUAUAAAUAUGUACAAUACCAUAUAUUACAUAUACAGAAGACAGCGUCAAAAUGCCGAACAAGAAAAGCCUUAGUCAUUUGGUUGGACUUCAAAUUUAAAUAGAGAUUUACCAACUCACUUAAAUGCACUUAUAAGUUUAGUUUGACCACACACUGUUCUGUUGGUGGUGGUAGAAGUUUUUUAUUUGCCAACACCCAGUGAAAGUAGUGUCGGUUCGGCACAACAGCUUAUCUUCAAUGAGGUAACAUUAUCAACGAUUAUUCCCACAAUAUAACUCAUUAAAUAGUUGUUGUUUUUUUGUCCAGGGCUUAAAAUGUCAAGAGUGAUAUAAAAACUGCUCCCAGAUCUUUAAAAGAGAUCAUGAUAUUAUAUUCUAGUGGACCAUAAACCCUGCUAAAUAUAAAUAAAUAACAGGAAUUUCCUAAUUCAGACUAUCCUUAUGCUCACACAAGUGGAAACCUAUUGAGCUCAUUCAACUCGAUGCAAGAUAAAACGAUAUAUCACUUGCAUAUUGAUACACAUUUACUGUAUUAAAAAAGCGAAUUAAAAGGACCCAGAGGAAAUGUAUGGAGAACAGGAUGUGUUUAGCGGAAUAGACUCUUAAGAACCAUAAAGCAGGUAAUAAAACCAACUCAACACACCCUUAAUAUGUCCCGAUCGGCAUAGAUUCAAUGUUUAUGAACAGACAACUUCUGCACUCAAAUUGAAAACCAGCCAUGUCUCCUCGCCUUAAGAUGUCCUUAAAGCUUGUCUGUAUAUACGACUGAAAUCAAUAAUCAUCCAUAUAGUGUAUUGAGGUAUUUAUUUCAGUUUUAAUUUUUAUUAUAGCUUUUCUUGUAAAGUAAAAUGUGUGCCUACGCUGUUCAAAUGUACAGUAUAUACUGCAUAUGAGACGUGCCUUUUUUCUCUCUUGUUGCAUCAAACAUAUAUUGAAGAAGGAAAUGACGGAUACAUUAUGAGGUGGCUUUCUCAUAAUCAUCAUAUCUUCAAUCUAAAUUGUAUUUAUACAGCCCAACAGCACACAACACAUUUGUCUCAGGGGGCUUUACACAUCAACACACAUUAAUGGCUUUGUAAACUCUAAGUCCAUAUCAAUCUCAAAGAAUAUAGAGACUGUGUCCUCCUAGUUAUGUUGGUGCAAUAAUUAAGAGUAUUUUCAGAAAAGCAGGUGUUUGGGACACCUAAAAUGCCCCUAUGAAUAAUGCUUGUUUUUUAGGGCUAAAUGUUGCUUUCAGGAGUAACCUACAUGAACCUCUGUGACAUUAAGAUAUUUAAACACACUUUAGUCAAUACAAAAAACCUUUCAAAACUUCAUUCGGAUGAACUGAAAAAAAGGAAAUUCUUUAAAAAGGGACAUUUUUGAGAAUUUUGAGAUUUUCACCUGACUUAAAAUGCAUGAAGCAGUGGGAGAAGCAGUAGAUUAGGGACAUGAUGCCUUCACGAGAAACCUACAUGAACUUCUGUGACAUUAGAGACUUCUACCACAGUUUUAGUUCAGAACAACUUUUUUCAAAACUGUAUUUGGAUUAACUGGAAAUCAAUUUUCUCAGUAUUUGGGGAUUUUCACCUGAAAAUGCCUGACGCAGUAGGCGGAGAGGCUGAGGAUGGAAACGGAUGAUCACAUUUAGUUGACUCAUAAAUCAUUUUUUACCUCCCAGUUUGUAUACACCAAAGCCAUCUUACUCUCACAUUUCAAAGAAAGUGUGCCAAUGAUCUGUGCCCACACUGUCUCACAGACGCUUAAAGUGGACCUAUCAUGCUAUUUUUAGGCAAUAGCAUAGAUCUCAGAUAUAUAAAAAACAUGUCUAUGAAGUGUUUUGCUCAAAAUACCAAACAGAUCACCCAUUCUAGCCAUGCCUCAUAUCCCUCUAUUUCACUUCCUGUUUCAAAAGUGCUGAUUUUAUGUAUAAAGCUUUAAAAAAAUAAUUAAUUGAUAAAAAAAUAAAAAAGGAGGGGGCUGA